GGCAUGAUCAGGUUGGGGGAGCUCCUCUCACCUGUUUCCUUCCUGGUUUUUCUCUCCCUUUAGAUGUGGAGGUAGAUGGGCAGAACUGGACUUUCACUUUUGAUUUCUCCUUCCUGAGCCAAGAGGAGGACCUGGCAUGGGCUGAGCUCCGACUGCAGCUGCCCAACGCCGUAGAUCUCCCUGAUGAGGGUCAGCUCACAGUCAAGAUCUUCCACCAGCCAAAGCUGGAUGCAGAGCAGGACCUGGCUAAUUGUCCAGAGCGUUUCCAGAUGGAGAGCUUCACUGUCACUCCAUCCCACGUCACUUUUUCCUCAGGCAGCAUGGUCCUGGAGGUGACCAGGCCACUCUCUAAAUGGCUGAAGGACCCCAGGGCACUGGAGGAACAGAUGUCCAGUGUGAGUAGAGAGUGCUGGCAGCAGACACCCACCCCACCUGUCACCAACACCAAUGUGCUCCUUAUGCUCUACUCCAACCUGUCACGGGAGCAAAAACGGCUGGGUGGUGCCACCUUGCUGUGGGAAGCCGAGAGCUCCUGGCGGGCUCAGGAAGGUCAGCUGUCCCGGGAAAGAAGCUGGCGGAGCAAGAGGCAUCGCCGACACCCACUGCCAGAUAGAAGCCAACUGUGUCGGAAGGUCAAGUUCCAGGUGGACUUCAACCUGAUUGGUUGGGGCUCCUGGAUUAUCUACCCCAAGCAGUACAAUGCAUAUCGCUGUGAGGGCGAGUGUCCUAACCCUGUGGGGGAGGAGUUUCACCCCACCAACCACGCAUACAUCCAGAGUCUGCUGAAACGCUACCAGCCCCACCGGGUCCCUUCCACCUGCUGUGCCCCAGUGAAGACUAAGCCGCUAAGCAUGCUGUAUGUGGACAAUGGCAGAGUGCUUCUGGAGCACCAUGAGGACAUGAUCGUGGAAGAGUGUGGCUGCCUCUGACAGGCUCUAGGAAGGCCGAGCUGGCCUGUACUUCAGAAGGAUAGGAAGCUCCCGGAAGUCAUGAAAGCAUCUAUCCAGGGAGGAGAAACGGGAGAAGCAGCUGUGUUCCUCAGACCGGAAGAGGAAGGGCUGCCCACUAUAAAUGCAAGGCUCUGUCCUGUCUGCUGAGCCCAGAGGCCCCUGCCAGGGAAGAGGGGUGAGGAAGCCUGGCAGGGAGCUCACUGAAAAGACAGUGGCCACUAAAAGCUCAAGUGCAAGAACUCUUUCUCCGAGUUUUUAAACUUGUCAACGCUAUGAAAUUGUGUGCCAAAGUUAGAGGGGGCAUAUGUGCAUUUAUUUCAUGUAUUUUCAAAAGUGGUCUGUGACCCACUGCCCUUCCCCAAAGAUUAGUGUCAUUUUAUGAGAUUAAAGCUGGUCAUUUGGCUCCCAUUGCCUCACACUGGGUUAGGGGAGCCCCAUCUUUCUGGCUGGCUAGCAGCAAUGUGUUGGUUGUGUUCAGGCUCCCUGGCAGCGCCUCUGCUGAAUUACAAUCAAACCCUUGUCUAGUUUUGCUAGGCCAGCUGUCGCCUUUGACAAGAGAGGCGGGAACUUGUCCAAGAGGACUGGCCAUGUUACACGGUAGAAGCUGGAGCUGUUACUCUGUUGCUAAUUCAGUCUGCUUGGCAGAUAUGACCCACAUCUAUUAAAGUUGGUGACAAUUCACCUCAGUUUCAAUGUGUACUGUGAAUGAGGCCCUCCGAGGCUCCUGUCCAGCAAAGAUGUAGAACUUUACUUGGGUGGCAGGCGGUACAAGAGGGGUAGUCACAGAUCAGCCACUGAGAUGUGUGUAUUCAUCUUCAUAUAAAAUCAUAGCUGACUGCUGGUUCAUGUCUACAAUCCUGGUUACUUAGGGGGUUGAGAUCUGGAGGAUGGUUGUUGGAGGCCAGCCCAGGCAGAAAAACCUGCAAGAUGCCAGCUCUAAUAAGCAAAAAUGAUAGA